AUGAGUGGUGAUUCAAUGGACGUGGACCACGUUCCUGAAGCCGAUGGUGUUGUAGGUAAGCAAACUUCAGUUGAUGAAACCUUCGAACUCCUGGAAGAGAUUUCCAAAACGUCAACUAGUUUGGACCCUAGAUAUGUUUGGAGGUCUUUGAGAGAUCUUAGCCAAUUAAGGGUCAAAUUGGAUAAAAACUCGUUUUCCAUUAUUGUAAAUUUGCUAUAUCCAGACGACUCGCCCUACAAAGUCCCGCUGUUGAAGUAUAUCAACCAAAAUCAAAAGAGCACUGUGGAACAAGCCAAGAAUCUGAGGGACCAAUAUCCCGCCACUUUUUAUCAGGUCGCAAGCAACAAUCGGUUGGACGUGUCAGCUGAAUUAAACAGUUUUGUCCACCUUUUAACGCAACUGUACUUGCUAGACUCGCAGCAGUUCGAGGAGCUCAGCACUUUCAACCGCAAUGUUGUGAUUCCAAAGGUUUUGAAAAUGUACAACAAACGCACAUUAGAUCUGAUUCAGUCCAAACUAUGGUUCUACAUUUCAAGGGGUGAGGAAAUAUUGAAUACCUCGGGUAGCAGCGACUUGAGAUCCGAAAUGAUCAAGUACUUGAAGACCGCCACUUUGAGGCAUGACAACGAAACGAGGGCUAUGCUCAUAACUCUUAUCUUAAGAAAUUACCUCAACGAUGGGGCCAUCGAACUCGCAGCAGAUUUUGUAAGCAAAGUUGAGUUCCCAGCAAGCAGUAAUGUGUCAAGUCCAAUCGAAGCUCGCUACUAUUUCUACCUUUCCAAGAUCAGCGCUAUACAGUUAGAGUACACAGUCGCGAAUGAUUAUGUUGUCGCUGCAAUCAGGAAAGCUCCAACCACAAGAAAGAGUCUUGGCUUUCUUCAGCAAGCAAACAAGUUGCAUUGCGUGAUCCAACUUUUGAUGGGGGAUAUUCCAGCUUUGUCGUUUUUCAAUCAAGAGGGCAUGCAAAGAUCCCUUUUACCGUAUUAUCAUCUCUCCAAGGCCGUUAAGCUGGGUGACUUGAACAAGUUCACUUCUGCCAUUUCAAGUUACAAAGCUGACCUUAUCAAAGAUGAUAACUACCAAUUAUGCGUGCGUUUGAGAUCAAAUGUUAUUAAGACAGGAAUUAGGAUUAUAUCCUUGACUUAUAAGAAAAUAUCUCUGAAAGAUAUAUGUCUCAAGCUGCGGCUCGACUCUGAGCAGACCGUUGAAUAUAUGGUCUCCAGGGCUAUCAGGGAUGGUGUAAUCGAGGCAACCAUAAAUCAUAAGGAUGGUUACAUUGAGUCUAGUGAACUGCUCAAUAUAUACGCUACAAAAGAACCCCAGGCAUCUUUUGAUGAGAGAAUCAAAUUCGUUAACCAAUUGCACGAUGACUGCGUUAAAGCUAUGAGAUAUCCAGAGGGGGGUGAUAAAAAAGACAGAAACAAGGCUGCUGUUGACGGUGAUCAAAUGGAAGAAAUUAUUGAUUUUUCGGACUUGGAUGAAGAUGACUUGGGAGACUUCUAUUAA